GUUUGCUGUGUAUCGAGCCCCCACCCUGCUUAGCGUGCGGCUCAAUGCAGAGAAAUUCGGAGCCGCACCCCACGCCCCGGCUGGAGCCCUGACCCGCCCCGCCCCAAUCCGCAGCAGGUUCCUUCUCCGAACGUUGUGCUGGCAGCUCGAACCGGCUUCCCCGUGUGUGUGUGUGUUUGUUAGCGCCCUGCCUAGCCCAGUGCUAAGCCGCCUGCUCCGGGGUGAUUAAACAGCAGGGACACAAUUGCACCAGAGUGUGGGCGUGGGGCGUGGGAGAGCUCGCUCUGCCCGCCGGAGCGGCUAGAAUAACCGGCGGCGUGUCAGUAUCAGGCAGCAUUGGAAACACAGCUGAAGGAAGCCGAUUGCUGCUAGUUUCAAAUUGGCUGGGAAGGAACAAUACACACAACCACACACACUGGAUUCCGUGUCGCUUCUCUUUGAGAGGGGGGGAAGAUGAGCUCGGGGGACGUUGUUUGCACUGGCUGGCUCAUCAAAUCACCCCCCGAGAAGAAACUGAAGAGAUAUGCAUGGCGGAAGCGCUGGUUUGUGCUCCGCAGGGGCCGCAUGAGUGGGAACCCAGACGUUCUGGAGUACUACAGAAACAACCAUUCAAAGAAACCCAUUCGGAUCAUAGACCUUAACGAAUGUGAAGUGCUGAAGCAUUCAGGGUCCAUCUUCAUCAAGAAAGAAUUCCAGAAUAACUUUGUCUUCAUUGUGAAAACCACCUACCGCUCCUUUUACUUGGUGGCGAAAACGGAGGAGGAAAUGCAGAUAUGGGUGCACAACAUCAGCCAGAUCUGCAACUUUGGACACUUGGAAGAUGGCACAGAUUCUGUGGAGAGCCUGUCUCACACCACCUCGUCCCUCCAGCCCUCGCCAGCUGUCUCCACCCAUACCUCAAGGAUCGCAGACCCCUCCUCCUCUGUAGGCAGUGCCACCACAGACGCCUCUGCUUCCGAAGAGACCAGGAGUGAGUCGGAGUCCGUCUUCCUCCCCGAUUACCUCUUCCUAUCAAACUGCGAGACGGGCAAGUUCAAUCAUAUCAGAUGUGACAGCUGGUCGAAUUCUGACAGAUCCCUGGAGCAGACCUCAUCAGAUGAUGUUUUCGUUGAUGCCUUGCAGUCUCAACCCUCCCUUCACGUACUGUCAUCCAGCAACGGCAUCAUGCACCAGGAUGGGGGCCAGCCAGCGAAUCAUGGGAUUAUACCCAGAAGCAUAGACGUUAGCGGGCCGUUCAAUGAUGUCCUCUCCUCCUCUCCACUCUUAGGGCCUCCUUUAACACCAACCUUUCAGACUGACAAAAGCCAGGCUGGGCUGCCCUAUGGCGUAACCGAACUGGAUAUUUUGUCUAAUACACCACCACCCCGGCCACCCAAACCAACCCAUUUCUCAGACCGGAGCGGGGAGGACCUAUCCAAAGGGGCUCUUCAGAAUGGACACGGUGGGAUCUGUGGGGCUCAGAUUGCCUUGGUGCCAAGAAGAAUCUCCUUGUCCAGUUUGGAUAAUAUGCGGCACUGGAAAGCCGGCACGGAAGGAAGCUCUCUCAGAAGUCGAGAUAAGAGGCUUAGUUUGAAUUUGCCGUGUCGAUUCACCCCGCUCUACUCUUCAGCAUCGGACAAUACGGAGGACAGCUAUGUACCCAUGCACCCCAGCACCUCUCCACCCAUCCCAGGACCAGAUUGCUCACCCGAUGGCUACACUCCCAUGAGCCCAAGCUCAGCGACCUUUACCUUUCCUGUAGUCACCAAUGACAAACUCUCCAGCCCGCUGCCGGAACUUCCCACAGACCUGGAACCACCUCCAGUGAAUCGAGAUCUCAAGCCCCGUAGGAAAUCACGACCCCCUCCGCUGGAUCUGAGAAACCUCUCCACAAUCCGGGAACACGCUACCUUGACCAGGAUGUGGACUGUGCCUUACAAUCGAACGAGCUUUAUCUCUCCAGAUAGAGACGGUAUUAAUUCAGCAAGAAUAUUUGGCAAUUCAGUUUCCGGAGAAGAGGAAGAAAGUUACAUUCAAAUGGAGCACAGCCAGGCAACAUCUCCAUGCAGUGGUGCUUUCCCAUGGUCAAGGAAGUCCAACCUUGAUUACUUAGCAUUGGAUUUUAAUUCCGCUUCCCCAUCCCCUGUACAAAAGAAACCUUUUCUCUCGGAAGAGCAGAGAGUAGACUAUGUCCAGGUAGAUGAACAGAAGACUCAAGCCCUACAGAACACUAAACAGGAAUGGACAGAUGUGAGGCAAUCUAAAGUUUAAAGGAGGAAGGGUUGGGGUUUGGUUUUUUGCACUGGAACAAGGUUGUUAACCAAACAGCUGUAACAGCAGAAUUCAAAGGCAGACAGAGUGUAAGAUCCUGGUGGUCUCAAGAGGAAUGACAUUUUUAAGGAAAAACCUUCAAGUUCAGCUGGAAAUACUAUGUUGAAUGAGUGGUUUAUAAGAUUAUUAAAGUAACACCUUAGUCUUCUUUGCCACCCCUUGCAAGCAAGUUGCAUGGUACAGUUUUAUGGCCUGAUUGUGGGAGCCACACAUUUAAUGGUAACAAAUGCCACUACAUGUUGCAUUUAUCUAUUUAACCCCGCCUUCUCCCUGUAUUAGGUAACUCCUUGUUGCUAAGGCUGUUUUUUGAUAUUCUACAAAUACUGCAGGUGCUAAGGCUGCUUAUAGAUUCUGGUAUCAGACAGGUGUUGGUGAUUAUUCGACCAAGGGCUAAAAUACUGAAAUAAUAAAAAGCAGAACAUUUUAAUAUAUAUAUAUAGUGCUUAAGCAAACAGAAUUUUGGAGAAUAUUUCACCCCCCCCCAGAUAUAAUGUCUGACUUUGAGUGACACUGUUAGAGACUAUAAAUAGGUCUUUGCACUGAUGGAACUGGAAUGCGUGGUAGUCAGCACCCCGACUGACGUUCAUCAUAUUGAGUUUCUUCUUUCUGUUGCGGUUCACGUCAUCACCUUUUCCGUCCAAUUGCUCCCGAUGUUUUCUCUCUCGUGUGAGGACUUUCUUCAGCACAACACAGCAGCUCCUCUGACAGGAAGCUGCUGACACACAAUUCUUUGCUGACCGAAAAAUAAAAAAAAGGAAGACUCUGCAAGUCUUGGAAAUCCUGGCAAAAUAUCAAAACUGUUUUUGUCCGAACUGCAAAAGAAGAAAUGCAAAUGAAAUUCCUGAUAAGGGAGAUCGACCCCACCCGAGUGUUUUGUUAGCCUCAUCCUAGCAAAUGAGAUAAUUAGGAAACACAGUCUUAGUCGGGCACUCAGGUAAUAAUGAGGGAAGGAGCAAUGUUAGGCAAGCAACUCUGCCUAUGUAAAAAAGCCACUUAAUACACUUCAACAAUGUCAAGACAUGUAUUCAGGAAGCUUAUCUCCUUUGGUGUUUAUUAUGGGGACAAUCUCAGGAUCAGAUAAGUGUAUGUUUUAUAAUGUAUUUAACUUUGUUAAUUUACUUAAAAUCCUUAUUUCAAGAUGUGCACAGGCAGUUCAAAUCAAGAAAGUGCAGCACCCUUCAGUUAUCCCAUUGGGUUCAGUCUUGAAGUCUUUACUUAUGCAAGAGAUCCCACUGGCUUUACCGGGACUACUCUUGGGAGCAAGGACCUCAGAAUCAGGAACUUUAUGAAGGAUUUUCCUUCAUGCUGGAUCCAAAUUCACAUUCCUCCUCCUCAUCCCUGCUGAUAUCACACUAUGUUACUGUAAAUUAUCGACAUCCAAAAAAUGCUGAAUUACCAAACUGGGAUUAGAAAAAAUGUUGUUUAUGUCAAAGAAAUGACUCUGACAUCCUUUCAAGCUUCUGUCGUAUGUUUCAUGCAUCCCUUAUUUUGUAUUAUUGUCACACAUUUGAGCCCAUAGGAAGAUUGAAAGCGAUGACUACCUGAUUCUCACUGUACCGCUAGAAGAGGGCAGCUUAGCUGAUGAAAACAUCAUUUUCUCCUACCUCAAGAUAGCUGAAGUGUUUGUAGUUCUUGCUACUUCAUCAGAGCAAGACACAUUUGUGACUCUGCGAUGAAUGUUUGCUCAGUUUUGCUAGUGAGAAUGACAGCGUUUACCUGUGCAUUCAUUGACUUGGGGGCAAAUCACACAUCCCAAUCUGCAGGCACUAAGUGUCAUGGAUUAGAGCUGUUUGGAAAAUGGGGUGUUUCUGCCUUCUGCGGAAAAUGUUGACUCUUCCCUCCCCCCCCAAAAUGGCUGAAGAAUGCCAAUUUUGGCCAGAAAAGUAUAGACAAAAGCUCAAUAUUUUCUGCAGAAAGCGCACUUCUAGUGAAAAUUUGUAAUUUUGUUGAAAACCCAAUUUUCUGUUGAUAAACGGAUUAGAAAAAGGGAAAUCUUCAACCAGCUUUAUCCUGGAUGCAGUUUUGCUGCACAAGAGGCAGGAUUCAGGGAGCCUGCCUGUGCUCAGUGGUACAGAGCACACUUCUGUGGAGGCUGGCAUGGAGGUUUGCCUUCCUGCCCAAAAGCAUUCCCUUUAUUUUGAGGACGUAGGCAAGAUAUCAGCCUGUGUCUAUUGGGCUAUGCAAAUGAUCAGUGGCUGAAUGUGCUUUGUGCGUACUGAAAUACUGACAAGGAAACACAAGACCAGGUGAGCUUUACAGCAAGACAACAGAACCCUAAGGAGCAGGGAGAGAGGUACAAGUCAAAGCAGGCACUACCCUAGAAGUGGGAAUUAAAUUGCAUUACACUGGCCUGGCCCCCAAAUGCUUAGUGAUAGCAAGGUAGCAUCUCAGUCAUUUUAAAUUAAAGCUUUAAUAAAAAACAUUCUGUGUUUUACUGGAAUAUGUUCUUCCAUGAUGUAAAAAAUACUCUGGAGCAGAAAAAUACAAAGUCAAAAGUUUUAAGGAAAAAUAGAGGGGGGCUGUUUUUCCCCACUAUUCUUCUUUGAAAUAUUUAAACUUUGGCAGAUGCACUGAAGGGUCACUGAGGAGUCUAGAAGGUGUCUUUUCUGUCAGUGUUUCUGAGAGAUGGGCCUGAACCAUAAACCUGGAUCUGAAUAUCCCUGAAUGUGGGUCUAUAUCUAGUGUCAAUGUACCUCCUGCCUGCCACUGGCGCCACAGCCUGACCCUGCAGUUGUUGAUCAAACAAGGCCGUGCUGCUUUUAACCUUCACUUUUUAUCCAGAAACUAACUUUUCCCCCCGUGAUCCAGUGUAGCAAUCCAUUUCCCCAGGUAUAUGUGGUAACUCUCAUUGGCAUUAACGUGUGGGUAUAAUGUGGGGAAGUGCAAGCAACUGAGUUUGGGUUUUGGUGAAAGUUAAAAGCAGUGCUGAGUGCACCUUGAUCACAAUGAAAUGUGUCUUUGCAAACAAGUGGGUUUUUCCUUUUUACUCAAAUGGAGAAUUCUACAAUGUGACAAACUAGAGUAAUGGUGUUAUUUUUCAGUACACUUGUGUGUUAACCAGUUAUUGUUCAAGGUUUCAGUCUGAAUACAGUUGCACUCCCUUGUAGAUCAGCUAUUCCAUCAUAGAAUAUCAGGAGAAAAAAGGUAUUACAGUGAAAGAAGGAGCCUGUAUUUACUUAAACACACUCAUCACUGACCCUCAGCCAAAAAGGAGAAGGAAACUGAAAAGCACCUGGAAAUGGAUUUAUCUUUUAACAGUGACACAUCUUUAGUCUCUAAGGUGCCACAAGGACUCCUCAUUGUUUUUACAUCUGAAAAUGUUAGCUAGUCUGAAAAUCCUUCUUUAGUACUAAUUAGUGAAUCAGCCAAACCGCAGCUUAUUGAAGCACAGAAUGCAUCCUUCCUUAACCGGGGGCUAAUUCUUUAGUAUUUAGUUAUUUUUAUUUAUUUAUUUUUUUAAAAAAAAUAAAGAAUAGAGAUGAAGAAGGAGGUGUGGCCCUCGGUGGGGCAGUCUAGCUAACAGCAACUGCGGCUGUAGUUUCUUUUUAAAUUGUCUUUUGGAGGGAAUCUGCUUAAGGCGUGGUCCAGCACGCGUCCUUCAGCAGUGCCUUAUCCAACCACUCUUUUUAUUUAAGCCAGAGGGAAGCAUUAGACAACUCUAAGGGUACGUCUACACUUACCUGCUGGUUCGACGCGGAGAGUUCGACUUUUUGGAGUU